AUGGCGACAUCUUCAGUGCUACCGUUCGACCCAUACACUCAAAAUGUCACGAUAAGAUUACAAGAUGGCAGUCCGCUCGAGGUGCCAAUGGAGCAACUAAACAUCUUCGUGCAGUACAAUGUGCGGGUGUGCAUCAACUACGGCUGUCAGUUCGGGGCAUCUCUGACAUUGCUGGUCAUCCUCGUACUUCUGACCCAUGCCGACAAGCGGAGCUCAGCGGUAUUCGUCUUGAACGGCCUAGCGCUCUUCUUCAACACACUCCGCCUACUUUUCCAGCUCACGCACUUCGAAACCGACUUUGAGAAAGUAUACCAAUACUUCUCCGGGGACUACUCGUCCGUGCCAACAAGCGCAUACGCCAUUUCUAUCCUGUCGGUUAUUUUCCUGUCUAUUGCCAUCGUCUGUAUUGAAAUAUCACUGGUACUUCAGCUGCAUGUGGUGUGCUCUACACUACGUCGUCGAUACAGACGACCGCUUCUAGUAUUCUCCAUUCUGGUCGCUAUGGUGCCAAUUGCAUUCCGAUUCAUGUUCAUGGUCGUAAACUGCAAAUUGAUCAUCUCACUCGACUACAUGGGAUCGCUUUGGUGGGUGGAAAGCGCAACCAACGUCAGCCUCACGGUCAGCAUCUGCUUCUUCUGCGUGGUGUUUGUCGUCAAGCUCGGCUUCGCCAUCCGACAACGCCGCCAACUUGGAGUCCGCGAAUUCGGUCCAAUGAAAGUCAUCUUCGUCAUGGGCUGCCAGACAAUGAUUGCCCCAGCCAUCUUCUCAAUUGCACAGUACUACAUCAUCGUCCCAGAACUCAAUUCUAAUGUCGUGACGCUCGUCGUGAUCUCACUCCCACUAUCGUCGAUCUGGGCCGGCGCAGCCCUCGAGAAAUCGCGACGUCUGAAUACUCGUGAACACAAUCGACGCAACUUCUGGCGCUCUCUGGCUGGAGGUGCGGACAGUCCAACUACUACUACAUCCAAGGACAGCCCGACGAGUCUUUCGUCUAUGGGUGCUGCGCAAACGCUUUGCUAUUCGGAUCACAUUGCCACAGCCAAGGGCUCGCCUACUUCGCGGGACAGCGAUGCGUUCUAUGGAAUUGCGGUUGAGCAUGAUAUUUCUGUCGACCGGAUUCAGAAGAAACGUUCAUUGGUGUGA